CUCAUAUUAGCAUCGCUUACUUCCUCGUUUUCCUUGUUAUAAGCAACGCCUUCUUCUUGCAACCCCCGAAAUCUCUCUGGUGUAAAGAGUAAUCCUCCAUUUUCACACACAGAGAUCAAAGGAGAAAACUCUCGAAUCGAUCUCAAUGGCGUGUGCUAGUUUCACCAAGUUAAAUGCGUCUUCUUCACAGUGGAUCGGUCAGCAAUCCUUCAAUCAACGUCCGGCAUCUUCUUCACGGUUGCCCGUCCGUCGUGUUUCAGUCGUUCGUGCUGGAUCGUACUCCGAGGAACUUGUCAAGACCGCCAAAACAAUCGCAUCACCUGGGCGUGGUAUCCUUGCCAUUGAUGAAUCAAAUGCAACUUGUGGGAAGAGAUUGGAUUCCAUUGGAUUAGACAACACUGAAGCCAACAGACAAGCUUAUAGACAGCUUUUACUUACAACUCCUGGAUUAGGUCAAUACAUCUCUGGUGCAAUCCUAUUUGAGGAAACUCUAUAUCAGUCAACAACAGAUGGCAAGAAGAUGGUUGACUGCUUACGUGAGCAAAACAUUGUCCCUGGCAUCAAAGUUGAUAAGGGUUUAGUACCCUUACCAGGAUCCAACAAUGAAUCUUGGUGUCAAGGGUUAGAUGGAUUGGCAUCUAGAUCUGCUGAGUAUUACAGUCAAGGAGCUCGCUUUGCUAAAUGGAGGACUGUUGUCAGCAUUCCUUGUGGUCCUUCUGCUUUGGCUGUGAAAGAAGCUGCAUGGGGACUUGCACGUUAUGCUGCUAUUUCUCAGGAUAAUGGUUUGGUGCCUAUAGUGGAGCCGGAAAUUCUUCUUGAUGGGGACCACUCAAUUGAAAGGACACUUGAAGUUGCUGAACAAGUUUGGGCUGAAGUGUUCCAUUAUUUAGCAGAAAACAAUGUUAUGUUUGAAGGAAUCUUGCUUAAACCUAGUAUGGUUACCCCAGGGGCUGACCAUAAACAAAAAGCCUCCCCAGAGACAAUUGCCAAAUAUACCCUCACCAUGCUCAACAGGCGGGUCCCACCUGCUGUUCCAGGGAUCAUGUUUUUAUCUGGAGGGCAAUCUGAAAUGGAAGCUACUUUGAAUCUUCAUGCAAUGAACCAAAGCCCAAACCCAUGGCACGUGUCCUUCUCAUAUGCACGUGCCCUACAAAACUCUGUGCUCAAGGCAUGGAAAGGGCAGCCUGAGAACAUAGAAGCGGGCCAAAAAGCCCUUUUGGCCCGUACAAAAGCAAAUUCCUUGGCCCAACUUGGAAAAUACUCUGCAGAGGGUGAAGUUGUAGACAGAAACCGUUGGCUUUAUCAAGGCCAGACAUUGCAAUGGGCAAUCUAUAGGUACAAUGCAUGUUGGCUUCCAUUGCUUGCUAAACAUUCAGAGUCUAAAAUCACUGAAGGACCUUUAGUUGUUCCUCUUGAUUGUGAAUGGAUUUGGCAUUGUCACGGACUUAAUCUGGUUAGAUACAAAUCAGAUUGUGAAGAAUUCUAUGGAAGUAUUCUUGACAACUCUAAUGUUGUCUCUUCUAUUAAUCAAAGAACAUCAAGAAAGGAAACAAAAGAAACAUGGAACAAAUUAUACCCUAAUGAACCCUAUGAGUAUGACAUGUCACGUGCUUCCUCAAGUGAAUUUUCAGAAACUUUAUAUAAUGGAGGAACUCAAAGCUUUUCCAAAUAUGAUUUUGUUUUAGCUGUUGAAAGACAAAGCCCAUUCUUUUACCAGGUGUCAAGGCCUCAUUUCAAGAAAGAUCUAUUCCUUCAAGACACACUUAUAAUCUCAUGA